AGCCAGGAUUUUGGCAGCGCUUUUUUUGUGCGUGUGUCUGUGGUAACAAUCUUUUGGAGGUUUUUUCGGGGAACAGGAGCCGCUCUUAAGCUUCGGCUUUUACGCGCUAAGGGGAGACAGGAGACCGGUCUUCACUGUCCUGGCAUCAGCGCGUCAUGCUGAGCCGCGGCUCCAAGAGGAGAGAAUCCAGCAGAUCGUUGAAGGUUGCACAGGAACAACAGAGAGGACAGCCUUGUAUCGCCUGUGGAGAUCAGUGUCCUGGCUUUCUUCUGCACAAAUGGAGGAAGAUCUGUGUGCACUGCAAGUGUCGGCGUGAAGAGCAUGCAGUGACAGCCAUGCCGGUGGAAAUGGAGAAGACGGUCACCAAGCUGAUGUACGACUUCCAGAGGAACUCGACCUCGGACGACGACUCGGGCUGUGCCCUGGAGGAGUACGCCUGGGUGCCGCUGGGACUCAAACCUGAACAGGUUCAUCACUACUACAGCUCCCUGCCGGAGGACAAGGUGCCCUACGUGAACAGCCCAGGAGAGAAAUACCGCAUCAAACAGCUACUCCAUCAGCUCCCGCCCCAUGACAAUGAGGUGCGCUACUGCAACAGCCUGGACGACGAGGAGAAGCGAGAACUCAAGCUCUUCAGUAGCCAAAGGAAACGGGAGAACCUGGGUCGCGGCAACGUGCGUCCGUUCCCCGUGACAAUGAUGGGGGCCAUCUGCGAGCAGUGCGGAGGCCAGAUAAACGGCGGCGACAUUGCUGUUUUCGCAUCGCGGGCCGGCCACGGCGUGUGUUGGCACCCCGCCUGCUUCGUGUGCAGCACCUGCAAAGAGCUCCUGGUGGACCUCAUCUACUUCUACCAGGACGGGAAGAUCUACUGCGGCCGGCACCACGCGGAGAGGCUGAAGCCGCGCUGCACCGCCUGCGACGAGGUAGGAGAUCUACUGCGGCCGGCACCACGCGGAGAGGCUGAAGCCGCGCUGCACCGCCUGCGACGAGAUCAUCUUUGCGGAUGAGUGCACCGAGGCGGAGGGCCGGCACUGGCACAUGAAGCACUUCUGCUGCUUCGAGUGCGAGACGGUGCUGGGGGGCCAGCGCUACAUCAUGAAGGAGGGACGGCCCUACUGCUGCUCCUGCUUCGAGUCUCUCUACGCCGAGUACUGCGACUCUUGUGGCGAGCACAUCGGAAUUGAUCAAGGCCAGAUGACGUAUGACGGGCAGCACUGGCACGCCACCGAGGGCUGCUUCUGCUGCGCCCGCUGUAAACGCUCGCUGCUCGGUCGGCCUUUCCUGCCCAAGCAGGGGCAAAUCUUCUGCUCGCGCUCCUGCAGUCUGGGGGAAGAACCCAACGGCUCUGAUUCCUCUGACUCGGCCUUCCAGAGCGCCCGAUCCACCAGGGAGUCCAGGCGCAGCACCAAAACGUCGAAGAGCGGCGGGGGCGUGCAGCCGGAGAGGUAUUCGGGCGAGGUGGACCCUCUGUCUUUACAAAUGGAUCUGCUGAGCCUCUCCAGCCAGACGGCCAGUUUGACUCGUGAGCCGCCUUCCUGGCAGAACCAGGAGCAGACGGGGGACGGUUACGGCUACGAGCCGCAACCCGAUCCAAGCGCCGAGCCCACUCCUCUCCAGCUUCUCAGCCAGUGCAACGUACGAAGUUCCUAUAACCCCACUUCCCCCGGACAGAGCAACCUACAACAUGAUCACAGGAUCAAUGAGAACGGUGCUUUAAAGCGGCCCCCCAUCUCAGCUAUGAAGGGCCAGUCUCCCAAUGAGAGUUGGAUCCAGCAGGCAGCUCCUGAGGAGUACUACCCGCCCAAACUGAGGACCCAAAAGAGCUUAACCGAGGUGCACCACAACGGCUUUUCCUCAGACAAGCGAUCGAUCAGUUUUCACGGGUUUCAGAGGGACAGAGACGGGGGGUCUCAGAUAACUGCUCAGGCGGCAAGAAGCAGGAACCCCAUUAAUGCACUUAACCUCUCAGAACAGCUGACCCCACUGGAGCAGACCCCAAGAGGUUCCAUGGAGUCCUUGGCUUUGUCCAACGCUACAGGCAAUUCGGCAGACGGUGGGGGAAAGCAUCAGGAACACCUGUCUCGUUUCUCUAUGCCCGACCUGAGCAAAGACUCUGGAAUGGCUGCGUCAGAGAAAAGCAACAUGGACACCCUGAACUCAUCCAUGCAGUUUCGUAGCUCCGAGUCUAUUCACAGCCUCAACGCCAGCCAGUCCUACCUGGAAACGAACCCCCCCAGGUCUUCCCAGUACCAGAUGCAGUAUUGCGACCCUCCAGGAAUGAGGGUUGCCGUUGGCGUGACUCAUUUACCUCCUGGCUUCACCUAUCAGGAGGAAGACAGGAUGGUCAGCAGCGCUAAUGCUGCACGCCUGCCACCCAUCAGCGAAUGCAGAGUGAGUGGCGUUGGUGGACGGGGGGCAGGUGUCCGGACAGGUGCUCCAGAGGACACCUCUCAAAAGCGUCGGCACCACCACCACCGCCAGCGGAGAUCCCGUCGCUCUCGGUCUGAAAACGCUCUAAACCUGGUGGCAGAUCGUAGAGUGAGACCUCAAGAUAGACCACAGCUCAGCGUCCGAGAAGAUUACGACCGCUUCCCGCCACCCAGGAAUGCCGGGGGCCACGCUGGAGGACAGGGAAGAUACCAGCCCCAACCCUUCAGGCAGUGCCCCAGGACCACUUCAGACCUUUGUCUGCAAAACCCAGCGGCCAACAGGCGCACUGGAUUGAGCCAGUACUCCUGGGAUGAGUAUUACGACGACGACUGGUGCUCCACCUGCUCUUCAUCCUCCGAAUCCGAGGAUGAGGGUUACUUCCUGGGUGAGCCCAUCCCCAGGCCCAUCCAGCUGCGCUACAUCAACAACCAAGAGAUGGUCCAUAAGUACUCCAACAGCGGGAUGGGAGGACCCAACCGCAGCGGGCAGCUGCACACCCGCAAACGCAGAAAAAGCAAGAACUGCAUUAUUUCUUAACAUCUGGACCUUUUCGACAGGACAUUUCUUUAUGUCUAUCUUGAGUACAAUAACAUUCUCCAUUAGAAACAAGUAAAUGUGGGUUUUUGAGUGCAAGUUAUCAAAUAGUCCAAAGUCAGUAAUGAAGUAAAUCUGGUAAACUACAAAAAGGCAAUAGUGUUUGCAUGGUCGUCCAUUUUAAUAUUUCAUAUUUUAUUGUGCGGUUUUAGCAUUUUUUUUUUUUAAAAGCUGAUGUGCAAUGUCUCUUGAACAUCCCUUUCUUUCUUUGCUACAAAGAAGUACAUAAAAAAGUCUUUUUGGUGCAGUUUUAUGUUUUCAGUCAGUGUGACCUAGAUACAGGAUCUUCUUUCCAUUAACACUCAUAACCUGUACAUAGCUAAAUGAAUGAUUAAUUUCACCUAAAUUAAAAAAUUGUAAAUAUGAGUGUAAAUGUGGGCCCAUAUUUUUAUAUUUUGUAAGGAUAGACUGAGGUAAAUAUCUAUAAUGUAGAGAUAGAACAUAACAAAAACAACUUAUGCAUGUGUUAUUUGGCUGACUUGGUGCUGCGUUUGAAAUAAAGGAGAGUUUUGGAUCAACA